CAGCAGCAGCAGCACCAGCACCAGCAGCAGCAGCAGCAGCAGCAGCUCUCUGUCUGCGGCGCAUUAACAUGCAAAAGUUUAGAAACACAGCUUCCCAGUCCUGAAUAGAGACGAGAACAACACUCAACGAACCCUUAGACGGCCGUCGACAGCAUGGGUCGUAGCUGGCUUUCACAGUAGCCGGGUAAUUGCGUCAUUUUGAAGCUUCAGAUGUGUGAAAAGUCUGAGUCUCCUCCUCGUCGUUGAACAAGAUGGCAGCAGCAGCAGGGCUGCAGGGCUUCACUGUGGUCGCUAGUCUGAUCCAAACCGCUCUGGACGAUACGAUUAACAGGUCUUACUGAAGGUAUGGCCUCACAAGUCUUGAUCUACCCAUCACACCUGCACUCAGCUCAAACAAGUGCCUUAGGAACCAGCAGCAGUGGUACCAGCAGACAUAAAGACGAAGCUCACCACAGUAAUAACACCAGCAGAGCCUUCCAGCAACGACCCACGUCCAAGACCUAUGUGAUUGGAGUCAACUACGGUAUCGCCUAUCCCAACAGCGUUAUCCCAUCCUCAGCUGGUGCGGAUUCAGGAAGACCACACGUGGGACUACAGCUUGGAGAGCGGGAGGAGUUUGCAUUGCAGACUGCAGGAUUACAGAGAGAAGAGAGCUGGGAGAGACAAAGAGAAGGUCCAGCUGGGAUCCAGGAGUCUCUUAGCCAGAGCAGAGGCCCACAGGAAGUGAGGCUUCGUAGAGACAGUGGUGGAACUCCAUCAGGAGGAGGCUUGGACUGCGGGCUACUGAGGAGGGCCUGCAUCAGAGCAGAGGAGGAAGAGGGCAGAAACAGAAGGGGGCAAGCGACAGGAGGAUACGCCAACCUUCUAGACACAGGCGCCACCCCGAGAUGUGAACAGAAGGCAGGUGAAGGUGGAGAACAUCCGCAGGAGAACAGCUGUGUCGGAACCAUGCAGAUAGUGGAGGAGGUAUCUGCUCUACCUUCACUUCCUCCCCCUGUGGCCAUGUUGCAAACCAGCACCGGGAACAAUGCAGACACUGUCAGAGUAGGGGGUGGAGGGACACUGCCCACUCAACACAGCAGGGUUGAGGCAGUGACCGGCAUGGGAAUUAGGGUGGACGGGACCGAAAUCAGGCGUAAUGGCAGCGCCGAGGCAGUGGCAGGAGCUACAGUGACCAGAACUGGAUCAGGAGAUGGUGACUAUCAGUUAGUUCAGCACGAGGUUCUGUGCUCUUUGAAGAACAGCUAUGAGGUCUUGGAGUUUCUGGGUCGGGGCACCUUUGGCCAGGUGGUGAAGUGCUGGAAGAGGGGAACGAAUGAAGUGGUGGCUGUCAAAAUACUGAAGAACCACCCAUCCUAUGCACGUCAGGGACAGAUUGAGGUGGAGAUCCUGGCCCGGUUGAGCAGUGAAAAUGCAGAUGAGCACAAUGUGGUGCGUGCUCUGGAGUGCUUUCAGCACCGCAGCCACACCUGCUUGGUGUUUGAGAUGCUGGAGCAAAACCUCUACGACUUCCUAAAACAGAACAAGUUCAGUCCCCUGCCACUGAAAAUCAUCAGGCCCAUUCUGCAGCAGGUGGCAACAGCCUUAAAGAAGCUCAAGAGUCUGGGUUUGAUCCAUGCGGACCUGAAGCCAGAGAACAUCAUGCUGGUGGACCCCUCCAGGCAGCCCUACAGAGUCAAGGUUAUUGACUUUGGCUCAGCCAGCCAUGUCUCCAAGGCUGUCUGCUCCACUUACCUGCAGUCCAGAUACUACAGGGCUCCAGAGAUUAUUUUGGGCCUGCCAUUUUGCGAGGCCAUAGACAUGUGGUCACUGGGCUGUGUAAUAGCUGAGCUCUUUCUGGGCUGGCCCCUCUACCCUGGAGCACUGGAGUACGACCAGAUCCGGUACAUCUCUCAGACUCAGGGCUUGCCUGCCGAGCAGCUGCUCAACAAGGGGACCAAGACCUCUCGUUUCUUCUCCAAAGAGUCCAACUCUCCCUACGCCUCCUGGAAAAUAAAAACAACAGAAGAGCACGAGAAAGAGACGGGACUUAAAUCCAAAGAGGCCAGAAAGUACAUCUUCACCUGUCUGGAUGACAUAGCACACGUGAACUUGGUGCUGAGUCCUGAUACCAGUGACAUGCAAGCAGACAAGGCUGACAGGAGGGAGUUUGUGUCUCUACUGAAGAGCAUGCUGCUGAUCGAUGCCGAGGACAGGACUGUUCCCUCCAGCGUCCUCAAUCACCCCUUCCUCACGAUGACUCAUCUGCUGGACUACCCACACAGUAACCAAGUGCAGUUGUCUUUCCGCAUCAUGGAUAUGUGCCACAGUCGGCCCACCAAUGCAGUUUUUGACGCUCUGAAUCAGAACACCAUUCAUUUCUCAAGACCCCCUGUAGCCCCCACUGUCUCCUCUGGCCUCCCUCUAGGCUACAGCAACAUACCAGUCCACACUCAGGCUUUAAACCAGUCAGCUCCCUCAGUGUUGCAUCCUGGGAUAGCGAUAACAACUGCGAAUGGUCAGUUUGGGUGCACCGACUCCUUCCCACCUGCCCUUCUUCUUUGUCCCCCAACCAUGCAAGGUAACCUUAACCAACCAGCAGGGUAUUCUGUUCCCAUGGUAACUCAGGCCCCUCCCAUACAGCCCUUACCAGUGAGACCUGGUGUCAUUGCUCAGCAGGCCUGGUCUAGCCGAGGGCAGCAGCUCCUUGUCCCAUCUGCCUGGCAACAGAUGACUGCAGUGGGUCCUCCUCCCUCUCAUCCCCCUCCUCCACCCCCGUCCUCCCUCACCAACGACACCACAGGCGGCCCACAGAGACUCAGCAACUGGGGCAGCCACUACACUUCACUGAUGCAACAACCUCUCCUGACUAAUCAGAUGCCAGCCCUCUCUGCCCAUCAGCCAAUCAACAUUGGCAUAGCUCAUGUUGUGUGGCCCCAGCCAGCCAAUAAAAGGAACAGAUACAGUCACAACAGGAACCUGUCCCACCCCAGCAACAUCUACAUAUCAACAAAUCGGACCCCCAAGGUGGCCAAUGUUGUUGGACAGGCAGUGGCACGAAGAGAGCAGCCUCGGAGGGAGGUGCCUCCGGUGGCAACCAGGCAACCGGAAGUUCGAAACACAGAUGAAGAGGAGAACGAUGCAGACGAGGAAGUGAGCUGCUUCAAAGAGGCGGUGCCAAAUGGUAACAGCCAGCUGGACCUGUCCAGUCAGCAACAGCGAGAUGUGGCGGUUCUGAUGGGUGACACACCAAGCCCUGCUCCCAGUGUGAUCAGCAUCCGCAGUGAACUGACUGACGGAGAGGACGAAGAGGAGGAAGACCCACCGAGGUGUCGUCUGAGCGAGUGUAAAGAGGAGUGUGUGUGUGAGGCAUGCAGAAACACCAGUGUGUCAAUGGAGAGAGUGUGUUCCCUCAGCAGCCCUGACAGCAGCCUCAGCACUAGUUCUUUUGCCUCCAACUCACUUCAGUCCAGCCCCUCCGUCUCACCAUGCAAGAGACCCAACAGCAUGUCCGAGGACGACGGCCACGAGAGCGGCUGUGACACAGUGGAAGGCUCCCCCACGUCUGACACAUCAACCUCCCCGUGUGGCAACAGUCCCUACCGUUACCUCGACAACAAUAACCACAACAACCGCCCACCUUUGGCUGCCAUGGUAGCACCACUGCCUUCCCCUGCAGUGCAGGGCAGGAGUCCCCGCGGCGUGAGGACCAUGGUGGUUCCACCAAUGAGAGUGCAGAACAACAACAGUCAAGGGACAGAGGAGCGUGUUCAGAGAACAGUCUCAGAGUCCUGGUCCCGGUCCAAAGGGCGCUGCAGCUUCGUAGGACAACAGAGCACUCACUCCUCUUUCCCCCUCCUCCCAUCCGCCCCCUUCCAGUCCCGGCAGCAGAAAUUGACAGGGCAGCAGCACCCUCUGGGCUUUGGACAGGUGCAGCCGUACGGUUCAAACCACAGCAACAAAGAGUGGAACGGCAACUAUGGGCCGCUGCGACCGCACGCCUACAUCCCCCCUACUGUCCACACACACACCUUCACACACCUGCCGCACAGCAGCCCCACGCACACUUCGGCUGCCCAGCACGCACACAACCAAGGCCUGCCCACGCACACCCUGCUGUCCUACCCUCCCAGCGGCCCCCUCUCCGCCGCUCACCACCCCCACCCCAUCCUGCCCUCUCGCCCCCCUCCUCCCCCUCUCCUCCAGCACACCUACGGUCUCUCCCACCCCCAAGGAGGCGCUAUAGUUCACCAGGUGACCCUGGGCAUCAGCACCCACCCCCACCACCCUGGACACCCCGCUCCCCACCCGCACAGGCUCCUCCCCUCCCCGACCGUCCACCCGCACCAUCAGCCUGGCUUCGCCCACCACCCCCACCAGUUCAAGCCUCCCUUCCCCCCUCCUCACCCUUACAUGGCCUCCCCGGCCGCCUACACAGGCUUCCCUCUGAGCCCCACCAAGCUCAGCCACCACCCCCAGUUCUCUUAUAUCUGAGGAGCAGGACGGGGCCUCAGCAGUACCUUCUGGUGAGGAAGGCCAACGGGAAAUGGAGUGGGGCUGCGACCUGGGCAGGUAGAGCUAGCAGCAGAGCACAAAACGGACACUUGUGAUGAUGAAGAGGAGGAAAAAUGGAUGGAUAAUAAUUUAUCAUAUGGGGAUUGAGAAAGAAAAACAAAAGUAACUAUGUUGAAGAUGAUGUUUUAUGGUGUUUCGAGGACAAAGAAAUUCACAGCCUCUGUAAUCUGAAGUCAAAAGUCAAUGAUCGUGUUUGAUUGUCAGAGCAACUUCAGCUCUGAAAGACUUCCGGCGAAAUCAUGUUCGCCAACGGAGGAAACAGCGAUAGAUUAAAAACAACAAAGCUUUAUAAGAGAGAAAGAGUGAAUGAAUUCACAAAGUAUGACGAUAAGGACAUUUUAAUUAAGAAUGUGUCCUCUGCAAAUUACCUCCUGUCGUUUGUCGUUCGAGUGGCGUUCAGAGAAUAUGAUCUAAUUAGAGGCGGGAAAUCAUUUGUUGUUGUUGCUGUCAGGGCGCUCAGCCUCCCCCUACCCUUUAUCUCUGUUGCCUUGUAGCACGUGCUAGCCCGUCUGAUCUGUUUGUUAAGCCAUCCCAGUCCGUAUUAACCAGGAUCGAACGCUCCCGUCUUUGUUCGAGGCAGACUUUACUGCUGCCAUCGCUUAGUGCCUUAAAACCAGAGUCUACGACGUUACUUCAGGAGCUUAUAGAUUGUACAUUUUAAAUGGGCUUGCAGCACUUAACCUUCAGACUCUGAAUAUGAUGGGCUUAUUGGAUAAAUACCGCUUGUGGUUAUGUUUUGCAAAUGUCGGACUUCAUUUUGCUUUCUAACUCCGAGUAUGGAUUUACUUUAGCUAGAGGCUGCACAUUUAGGGCUUUGACUGAAUGAGCUUUUUAUGUACAUAAAGAGUGAUUUGAUAUUUUGAUAAUCGAUUUCUAUUCACUAUAGUACUUAAUUCAUAACAGUAUUGUCACUGUUUACUGUAACUGCAAUACAAUCUAGAUAGCCUCUGGGUUGCUGUGUUUUUAUUAUUUUUUGCAUUUAGCCUAGACUUGCAUUUUAUGUUUUGGGAGUGGCAUAGACUAAAAAAAAAAAAAGAUUGUUUUUACUUUUAAAUGCUUCUCAGUGUUUUGAGAUAACCUAUCAACUUACAGUAAUAUUGCUGGGCUAUUGAGUGUUAGAGAUGUAUCGGUAAUUGUUUCAGAUAUCCGUGUGAAACGAACCUUUUUGUCCAUGUAUUGAAGCCUGUCGUCAGUUUUGAUACAUUCCUUCAGGGUGGAUGCAUAGCCUUGAUUUUGGUUUUGUGUUUUUGAUUUCCAGUGUGUAGUAGAAGCUGCGUCUUUACCUGUCGUCAUAUCAGCUGGUAUUUUCCUCCCAAUCAGCACCAAAGACUGUUCAUUAAUCAUUUCUGAAGCACGGUCAAUACUAUUUCUCCUUUUUCACCUCCAGCAUACUGUUGCAGUUAUCAACAUUGGAAUAUAUUGUGAGAUCUCUAUUUUAAAAAAAAUGAGGUUAAGGUUUUAUUUUUCUGAGCUAUGUUUGGCAAAUUGUAUUUGGAAUGUAUAGAUAAUAAGCUGCUAUGUACUGAUUAUCUGCCACUUCGUAGCUGUGAAUUUAGAGGAAUAAUAGUUCUAGCCUGCAGUCUCUCUUUUGUAUUGUAGUUCUGCUGACUAGAUACAAUAGAAGUGGGUUUUUCUUAUGUAGUAUAUUGAAUGCUAUUCCUAUAUGCUAGUGCCUCUGUAUAUUGGCUUUGUUGUUUUGAAGUGAUUGUAAACUGCUGUAAUGGAAGUUUUUUGUUGUUUUUUUUCCAUUCUGUUGCUUUUUGGUGUGUGUGUGUGUGUGUGUGUGUGUGUGUGUGUGUGUGUUUUUGUGCGUGUGCAUUUAGCAUCAGUAUUUCAGACGUAGGCUGGGUUCACUGUUGGAUUCUGUAACCGGUGUGUUGUUGAUGUAUUAUCGUUUUUCUUCUGAUGACAUGGCUUUUAUUUCCGUUAUCGGACUGUAUUUGCAACUCUUAGUACUGUACAACUAGUGCCUUUCUUCAAACACGUGGCUGACAGAUGACGUCUUGCAUUGAUAUCAAAGCAGUCGGACAUUUGUAGACUAGUUCCCUCUGAGGGGAUCAGCUCCUAUUUUCACACCACGAAACCCCAAAGUUGUUUGUUUGUUAGACUAAGAUGAGGUCUGGAAACAAUCUCUUUUUUUUUUUUUUUUUUACAGAAUCCUAAGAAAGUACAAGUCAGGGAAGGUUAUCUUGCGCUCACCAAGAACACCGUGCAGUACUCAAAAACAUAGGGCCUGAAUACACACAAAUGCAAAGCUUUAUUCUCACAACGUGAAUGUAUUUGUGGAGCUCGAAACAUCUGUUUUUGGUUUGCAAAAGAGUUAUUUGUUGCAUUUCUGAUGGCUACACAGCGUUUUCUCUCAUCUUGUGAUUGGGAUGUUGAUAGUUCUUUGUAUGCAGCUAUUACCAUAGGUAGAUAUCAUCGUGUAUUUUGGUCAGGGGUUCUUUCAAAAUGCUUUAUUCAGCAAUCGUAUUCAAAGUUUAGGUCCAAAGUUGUCCCAUCCUCAUCUACGACAGCGUAUUGCUGCCACCAUAACAAAGAAACGUGCUCAGUUUCUUGUUAAAACAAGAAACUUCUCUCCUUUUUUACAAGAUCCUAUAACAGCGUUGAACCCAGAUGCAUUAUUUUUAUGAAAUAAGAACGUAUUGGGAUAUAAAAAGCGAUAUGAUAUAACAAUUUGUUAUGGGGGGAAAAUCUGACAAGACUCUUUCAAAACCGAGUAUGGCUGGACUGAAUUUAAUAGAUCUGCCCCAUUGUCUCCGAUAUCUGAUCCAGCUAUCUGAGUCACUUUUGGCCGAAUAUAAGAGCCGGUAUCGGUGCAUCUGUAGUACCAUAUCGUGGAAAGCACCUGAUUGGUUCCUGAUUUUCUGCUUGCCGUUUCAAACAGUUUAAACAAAAAUUGUGGCCUGCUCGUAAACUUUCUCUUAUUCCGUCAAACAAUCCAACAAAUUCUACUUCUGAAAACUUUUUAAGAGAGAAACAGGCAAUGCCACUGCUGAGUCUCGUUUUAUUUUAGAACUAGAUCACCUAGUUUCAAGUCCAAGUUUUGUGUCGCGCUGGACGGGCUCAUUUGCAUAAAGGACUGUUCCCGCCUUUUCAUUUUGAAAGAGCAACGGCCAAUGAGGAAAGUCUAACACUCGGCCGACCAAUCGUGUAACUUCAUCACUCACUUUUUCACUCAGCGACAGACUUUUGCGUUUGUAGGGCUGGCCCUCUGCGGUCCAGCCAAAAAAUUUGGUAUCUAGUAAAAAUGAGAAACGAGACGAGAAACUGAGCACAUAUUUUUUGUCAUGGUGCUACUCUACUUAAUGUAUUACAUUGUAAUGGUUUUGCUAUGUUGCUUAAGCAUUUUGGUGUAUUUUGUGUACUCGUCUAAUAUGCUACUGUGUUGGCGAUGCUAAGACUAACGAGAGGAUGCACUGUUUAGCUUGCAGUACAGCCUAGAAUUAUAAUUGCUAGGUGUGUGUGUCGUGGCACAGUAAUCUGUAUUUAACUUCUUUUUUUUUUUUUAACCCUGUUAUGCAGCCUCUCGUUGAUUCUCAUAUGGCUCUAUUCUUUCUGUCAGCUCAGCACCUGUGAUGAGAUGAACCCACGCCGUAAUCCCCCGUCACUUUGGGUAGAUUGAUUAUGAUAGAUAAUCUCGCCACCAUGCAGCCUUGACAGUUGCAUCAUCGAAGACACCAGAAGUUCACACAAUCCCAGAUCUAGAGCUCAACAAGCACACAGAGCCUUAAGCAACAAGGCAGGCCUUACGACUGUUUGAAUACGUCUAAAACAUUAGGAGGAUAUUUUUUUUGGGAUAUGGCAAUAAAAGAGGAUUGGGUCCAGUCUAUGUUCAUCAAUAUUCCAGAGUUUAGGAUAUAGUCUGCUCUCAAAAAUGAAGGCCUAGUUGUACAGGGCCCUCGCAUGACAAGGUUACCAACUCAACAAGCAUGGGUCUGAACAUCUCAUUUGGGUCCUGGGCUGAGAAAUAAAUUGUGCGAAAUUUGACUCCUAAGACACGUUUUAGGUAGAUUUUGUACCAUCUAAUUAUCGGGUUGACAAUUAUUAAUUGUAUUUAGACACAAAUAUGUAGACAUGAUUGCCUAAUUGAAACUGUUACUGUUCUAAAUAUGUGUAGAUCUGUGUGGCUUUAUGAUUUUAAUUCUUUGAUUUUAUUUUAUUCUUAAAUGCUACACUAGUUUGACAUGUAGCAACUGCACUGUGCAAUAUACAACAAUAUGAGGACUGGGAAAAUGAUUAUUGUUUGGAUGUAAUAAUGUGUGUCUUACCAGUUUGCAGUCGUUUUCUUUUCCCCCCUCUAGUUCUCAGUGAGUUUCAAUGUGACCAAGCCUUAUGUACCUUGUCACAAAAAGCGGGUUCCUUCUUGGUGACUCUUAUUGGUGAGUGUCAAAUUAUGAAUUGAUGGUGUACUAUGUCAAGAUUCACUUUGAAUUAAAAAAGAUCUUUUGCUUCA